UUUCAUGAUUUCUAGAACGAGAAUAAAAUUUAUAACAAUGCAUGUUAUAUAAAACGCAUAAAAAUUGCUCAAUUUUUCCAGAAAUUGUUGACCGCUAACACUAACUUUUUAUAAAUUUGAUUCGUCUCUUUUUUUUAGACAAAUGUAACUGUUAGACUACAAAUGUGUAAAACAUGUUGAAAAGUUUAAUGAUUCUCUUCCUAAACUUUUUCUGUUAUUAUUUCCAGCGAUAUGUUUUUUGAAUUUUCUGAGUGCUUUUAAGGUUUAAAAUGUUUCUUCUCUUAAAGGUGAAUUAUAUCCCGUUUGAGCAAUUUUUCCUUACUUACCAUUUACCAGCCUGCUCCGGUUCGAAGUGAUCCUUGCUGUUAGAAGUCGUCUGCAUCCAAUUCGGGCCAUAGCUGCAGCUCGCUAGCCAUAUCGUCUGCGGAGGCCCCGCUGGUUGUGUUCCACUUGAUCGAGCCACCUUGCUCGCUGUUUGGUUGUUAUCGAGAAUAAUUUUCACCAGGUUGUCCGACAUCCUUACGACAUGCCCAGCCCACCGUAGUUUCCCAAUUUUGGCCGUUUGAACGGUAAGUUGCUCUCCCAGCAACUGAUGCACCUCGUUGUUCUUCCGCCUCAGCCAUUACCCAUCUUCCAUCUGCACUCCACCAUAGAUUGUACGCAGCACCUUCCGUUCGAAUAUUUGGUCCGUGGUGGCACGGGCACCCGUUAAUCCCGCUUGGUAUUGCCCCAUGAACUCCCUCGCAAUCGGUGAUAAUCGACGCUAUAGAAUUCGAGAGAGUAGCUUGUAGGCGGCGCAUCGUGUCAACUCUGUUUAGAGUCCCACGCUGACAUCAGGGCGUUGAUCAGCCGCUCCUAACAUGGAGAUCUGACGCUGUUUUGAGCCGCACCAUCUUGUUAAAAAGAUGCUCGGAUUGGCGAAGCAUUUCCUCUACCGCCAAAGUAUGGUUAAUGCGCCAAUGAUCGCGUCGCACCUUCUCAUUAAGCUAUUGUCGGAUUGCCCUGGCAACGCAAAUCAGUUGUGUCCAUGUUUCAGCUGGGUCCAUGUUUCAGUCUAUUGUAUCAUAUGACUCGUGGAGGCGUGAGAUAGGAACUUGUGAGAGCCGGAGCUAAAUUUGAUACGCCUUCCAAGUUGCCAACUCACCAUUUGAAGCCCAUAAUUUUUCCUAGUAAACUCAGUUGCUGUGUAACAAAAUAGGGGAACUGCUCUAUUAUUCAUCUCAGCCCAUACAUUCAACUCAUAAAACAUGAAAACACAAUUCAAAACAGGAAAAAAAAAAAACGCAAAUUUUCUUCUUAAAACAAUCUGCUAAUCCAUGGAAUGGAUUCUUCUUAGUUCACUUUAGGUUCCUCAUGAAGUAUAAUUCUCAAAAACUCACUUAAAAGCACUAAAUUUGAUAUUAUAGUCAGGCAUCUGCACUCGAAAACUCAUUUAAUUCAAUCACCUACCUCAGAAAACGCAAUCCGCGCAUUGUUCUAUACGGCUACAACGGGACUCGUUCCGCAGCCAACCAAAGUUUUAUUCAUCACUAGCGGACCACUUUUUUAAUUUAAUCACUAACUACACUAAGAAUACUUUAAUCUUUGAAAUGUUCACCUCAAAUCUCUAAAAACAAGCUUGAUUUAGCAGAAAUAUAUGAUUUGAAUUUCUACUAUUAAUAAAUUUCAACUGUAUGUAUUUUCAUCUGUUUUCAUUGCGUUGAAGAAAAUCAAAAGUUGCCAAAUCAGUUUCUGUUAAUACGAAAGAAUCAUACUGAAAAUGUUGUUUUAUUACGACAUAAUUGACAUAAAUCUACAGCACUGUAGUGGUUACCUAGAUUACCAAUUUCGCACGUAAACAGCUGCAGCGGAUAUCAAGGUAACCUACUACGACGGGCAGCGGCUACGUUCAUUCAUGAUUAUGUGUUUCAUUCAUGAUUAACAGUGUGAUGAAUAAGGGGGCGUCGUGAGAUGAAUAAUUGAGCAAGUUUUGAGAUGGAUAUGGAAGCGUUGUGAAAAAUAGUUUGUUUUACAAAAUUCAGGAUAAAUCUAGGUAAUUUUACUAAAUAUACAAUGCUAAUCGAUUCCAUAAGAGCACGUAAGCAUAUUUAGCAUAUUUAAGCAUAUUUAAUGAUUUCGUGAAAAUUUGGUGUUUAAUCCGUGCAUUCUUCGUGAAAAUCGGCUUAAUGAGAUGAAUAAUGGAGCAGUUUCCCUAUAUAUAUUUUUUACAUGUCGGUGGGUGAAACAAUUGUCGCUAUUUUCAAAUUCUCUAAGGUGACACUUUGGUUUUCGUUUGUAAUUUUGAGAACUACUCCGCUUGAAACUGGUUAUUAGCAUCCAAGUGGUUCUAGCAUUAGUUAGCAAGUGUGAAAUGACCGUCAUUUUACUGCUUUUUAGCUUAGUAGGUGUCUCACUAAUUUUCAUACAUUCGUGGCUAAACUAAACUAAAUUGCAUGUAAUGUAAUACUAGGCUAUUUUCCAUUGACGCAGUGUUGGUAAACUAAUAAUGCAUUUUCUUAUUCAGACUGUGCUAUGGAUUUAAUCUGAAUUAAGCAGAUAUUUUUACUUUCUAGUUUGUUGCGUAUUGUUAGUCGUCACCAUUCAACUUGUUCUAAUUUUGAUUGACAUCACAACGAAGUGUUAAAUAACCUGCUUUAAAUUUGACACAUAUCUGCUGUACGUAUAGUCGAGUCGUUCGUGACCGAAAGGAACAUCAUCCAGCACGUCAUGUCACAUAUUCUUACUUUCUAAAACCCGUUUAUUUACCUGUGUGGAUAUCAUAUCGAUACUCUUGACAUUAAGACGUGCAUCUGCUUUUUCUGGCUAAAUAUGCUGAAUGCUACUCAUACAUAAAUGUCCUUAAUGUCCUAGUUUUGAACAGAUUGAGUUAUUUUGCUUCUGUUCGAUCAUGCUAGUUCGGACGAAACCGUAUAAACAAUGUCGUAAAUUAACUCGUUUCAUCUGUUAAGUUUAAAUGGCGAAUGUGGAUUAGUGGUAACUGGGAGUAUGUUGAUCAUUGUCCUGAACAGGCUUGUAAACAACACUGGUCGACAAAAUGAAAAAAGUGCAUUCCAAACGCUCAAACCGGAAAAAAUAAAAGAUUAUAGUAAUUCAACCAUUCCUAUGAGUUUUGGUGCCCCUAGCCAUUACCAAAACGCAUCAACUUACGUGAGAGUGUCAUAUAGAAAUUGCUCACCGGGUUCGACGCUUAUGUUCACGAAGAAACUCAUUGAAGUCUCUGUAGAAACGGUAAUGGCUAGGGACACCAAAAUUCACAGGAAUGGAUGAAUAGCUAUAAUCUUUCAUUUUUUUCAGGUUUGAGCUUUUGGGGUGAACCUUUGUAAUAGUUCAUUCAACAAAUCGACGAAUGACGUAAUUUACAGGAAGCAUUACUUUUUACUUUAUUGGUUCUGCAGUGCUCAUACUAUGGCUAAAAAUAUUUUGUUAUAAUGUUCACUUGAACAAACGUAACUAUCUAGGGCGAAGAAAGCAUGCUUUUUUAUAUAAUAGGCCCACAAUUCUUCUGGAACGUUUCAUUUCACAUGUUACUGUGCUACUUCGAAACGAUAUUUCCUCUCGCUGAAACCGGAUAAAUGAUGUUAAGGAGCGUGAACGCCCCAAAACCUUGAAAAUAAGAUAAAACCGUUGAGAAUUGUAGCCAACAGUUACCAUAAGACAUCAACGCUAUCUGUUAAUUAGCACGUGUUUUAAUUUGAAGUGUUUCGGGUAUUGGGCCAUCGAACCUAUUGAACUGAAAUCAGUACGUCGUUGGUAUUCUCUUGCUUGUGUAGUAUAUUUUUGCCGCUGCCACUUUGAUUAACAGGAAACAUAAAUUAACUACAAUGAAGAUUAAUAGUAUGAUGCUAUUAGUGGUAACAUUCAGCACAGUUUCUUGUUCCAAUUUUUGGGAAAAAGCAGAAGAAAGUUCAAUGCUCGAUUUGAACGAUACCUUCUCGACUAAUCGCCAGAGUAGAGUUUUUCCACUAUACUCCGUUGGACGAAUAUCGAAUGUGGCCUGUCUCGCAACGAACGGUCUUACAGGAACGUGUCAAAUUCGAGGAGAAUGUGCUGCAAAUGGAGGAUUAGCGGCUGGUAAUUGUAGUGCGUUUACAAGCCAGGCUGUGUGCUGUGUAUAUAUCCAAGGGUGUGGCGGUUCGGGUACGCAAAAUGUAACGUAUUUUCAAAAUAGUGGUUAUCCUUUGCCAUACAAUGGCGGAGGAAGUUGUGUGCUAACUGUUACACCACCGGAUAACACAAUCUGCCAGCUGAGGAUAGACUUCACCACGUUUUCCGUAUCACAACCGGAUGGCAACGGGGUCUGUUCGGUGGACAAUAUUCAAGUACUCGGAGGUGGCACCCCUGUUCCAGUCAUUUGUGGAGACAACAGUGGUCAGCACGUAUAUGUUACGGUGAACAACGCCAGCCCAAUCACAAUUGUCGUGGCGACAACAAGUGCCGUAUUAUACAAUCGCGUUUGGAAUUUACAAGUCAGCAUGAUCUCCUGCACCAGCGCGUACUUAGCGCCAACGGGUUGUCUCCAAUACUUUAUGGGCACUUCGGGUCAAGUAGCUAGUCUCAACUAUGGUUCAUCAGCAAAUCCGGCGUUGAAUAGCCUAGGUCUGACAGGAACUCGCCAGUUGGUGGGUGCAAACUAUGGCAUAUGCAUACAGCCUGCAACAGGGCAAUGUUCGAUUACUUACAGCUUGCCUUCUACAGAUCCAUUUGCUUUUACCAUGACUGGAGAUGUUAAUGCUGUGGCUCCUGCAAUGCUUGGCACGGCAGCAGUCGGCAUGACAGGAGCAGCUUGUACCACAGAUUUUUUAAUAAUUCCUAAUCCAGUUGGCGUCAAUGCUGAUCGAUUCUGUGGAUUGGGUUUGGCUGCAACUACAAGUGCAACACUACCGUUCGUUCUUUUCUAUGUCACUGAUACAAAUGAUGCUGGAGACGUAGCCAAUCGAGGUUUUAGUUUGCAGUACACUCAAAACGCGUGUGCUAUCAUGACCGGAAAGUGAAACAAAUCAGUUAAGUUAAUAAUUAUGAGGUACUGCGGUUUUGCGCGGCACAGAAUGACAGCAACCAAAAAUAAUUUCAAUUAGGGAAAUACAAACUUUUUUUUCUAAA